UAGUGGGACGCGUUUGUGAAGCGAGGGAGCGAGCCAGCGAAGUCGGGUGAAAACGGAUAUCGCAGUCGCUGUGGUACUUUUGAAGGCAGCGCAUCUUGAGGAAUACUUGGGACAAUAACUGAGCUUAGAAGUUGUGAACCAGUCCUCUAAAGAUGUCUAGGCCGAUUUUGAGCAGGCCACGUACGCGUGUCUAUGGGUGUAACUAUGACAAGGGAGAGUCCUAUUACAAGCCAAUGAUGGACCAUCUUGACCGGAAGUACAGCGGCCGUCCUCUUUUCUCCGAACCAAGAACUUCAUUAGCCGAUGAAAUUGCGGCUCGCCGAAGCGACAUCGGGACCCGCGACCUUGCAGGCAGUCGGCAGUCGGCCUACGGUCGUGAUAUCGAACCAGAAUUCGAACCUCGAUCUCGUCCCUUGGCAUCCAUCAACGCCGAUUCUUUCUUUGACGAUGCCGACGAAACCGUCUUCGACAUCCGAGGUCAACGAACUUCUAGAAGCCAUCGUCUUCCGCUUAGUGAAGAUUUCGCCAAUGAAGUGGCAUCCACGACUCGAAAUUUGAAAUCCCGAGUAGCAUCUUUCAAUCUUGACUCAUCAUCACAAGGAAUCCACUCUGAAUCUUCUGCUGUCAAAUCCAGGUCAGAAAAGCUCUUACUCGAUAGUGCCAGGUCAGCCAAGAGUGCAAUGGAGGAUGCUGAAUCUGCCUUUAGAAGACGCCCCAGAUUUUUGGCUGAAGAACCAGAUAUUCCCGAGGAGAGGCCUACUAGGUGGUCCAAAUUAUUGGAUUCUUCAGACAAUCUAGAGGAUAUUUCUAUUGCAGCUGCUAACAGAGCCAAGAGGACCAAAGCUAGACUCAAUGAUCUUGAAACCGAAAUGGAGGAAUCGGCAGAGAGAUCAGCUCAGAGGGACCGAAGAGUUGCUGCUCUGAGGGCCUUAGUUAAUGAGAACGCUAUGACUGAUGAUAGCUUAUUGGCCUCCAGUUUGUCCAAAACAUCCAUGCGCUCUGAGCGAUCAGAACGGUCCGAGAAACAUGUUAGUUUCUAGUUAGGGCGUUAAUAAUGCAGAUAAAUGACAUCUUUGCUGGUUUUUUGAAAUAUAUUGGGUUUUAGUUUAUCCAAAUAUCAUAAUUGAGGGCCCGGAUCAAAGAACGGUUGUAACUUUCUGGCGCCUAAAGGGGACCCUGAACGUCGCUUAAAUUCAAGUGAUCAGGGGUAUCUCCACUAGCGCCAGAAAGUUGUAGUUGGUUCUUUGAUCCAAGACCUGAAUUGAAAAGAAGAUUUUUUUAACUGGUAAUAGGAUCCAGAAUUUUUUUGUCUUUUUUUAUUCAAAAAAUUUGUUUUUAAUUCUUGGGUCAAUAAAUUUUUAAAUAAUACGAAAGCUAAUUUAGGCUUUCGAGUGACCCUUGCCUUAGACGGGUUAGAAUUCAAUUUCCCUAAAAUCCAUUAUAGAUAGUUUAUAUUUUGUAUUCGCGGCCAGAACGCUUGAUGUCUUUAGAGAAGUUAUAAGUUAAUUAAAAAUGUAUAGUAUAAUAGGUUUGAGAUUAAUUAAAUUCCCGACCGUCUAAGGCAGUACCAACUCGUAUUGCAUUACUGGCAAGUAUUUUAAAUUGACACAAAAAUUAAAAACGUUUUUGUAUUAAAAACGAAACAUAAAAUUCUAGACCGUAAUUCUAAUUUAUAAAAUUUUCCUUGGAAUUAGUAAUAAUAAAACCGGAAGUUUAUUGUAUUUUAAAUUGAGGCGAAGUUAUUCUAGAGAGGUUGAUUAGGAUUUUUGAAAGAACUGCUGGGCCUGCCAAUUUUUGUUCCUGAAUUUUUAACUUUCCGUUCAAUCUUAUUUUUUAAUAUUAUAUUUCAUCAUCGUCAGCUCGAACUAAUAUAAAAAAUUUAAUUUCUGACUAUAUUUAUUGAGCAGCAGUUCUGACAUUUGGACCCAGGAAAAUGUCUCUUACUUAAUCCCUGCUCAAAUUCCUUAUCCACCAUACUAUCACCGAAUAAAUAAAAAUGAUAAAAAUAACAAAGAAAAUAAAAUAAAAAGAUAAUAAUAUUGUGAAAUGUCCGAACUUGCCAAGUGUCAGGUGUUUUUAUAAAUCGAUCGAAAUGUACAUGAAAGAUUGAAAUAAAAGAAAAGCUUGACGUUUCCACCAAUUUGUAUGAAAUAAUAAAUAAAAUUUUUAUCCAAGUG